UCCUCUCGCGCGGCGCGGCUCUAGGAGGAGGCAGUGGGGUCGGCGGUGGCCUCUGGACCUUACUAUCUGAAUUGGGUGCUAGACUGAAGCUGACAGAGAAUGGAAACACUCCCUUGGCAAUGUCUCUGGGAAGACUCCUCCGACGUGCCUCUUCCAAAGCAUCUGACCUCCUGACCUUAAAUGCCAGCAGCAGCGGUGGUGGCUCGUCUUCCGUCUUGGAUGGAGAAAUUAUCUACUCCAAGAACAAUGUUUGUGUCCACCCACCUGAGAUGCUGCAGGGCGUCGUGGAACAUCACCCAGGCUAUCUUUGCCUGUACAUGGAGAAAGAUGAGCUGCUUGGAACCACGCUUAUCCUGGCCUGGGUGCCAAAUUCACGUAUUCAGAGACAGGAUGAGGAGGCCCUCCGCUACAUCACACCAGAGAGCUCCCCAGUCCGUAAGGCCCCCCGGAAGCGUAACCGCCAUACUCAGGGUUUUGGCACCCCUAUGCAGGCUUCCUCCUCUGAGCAGAAACAAGCUGUGACACCAAAGGAUGAGGAGGACAUUUUGACCGUGACACAGCUGGUCAGGGAUGUGGCUCACGUCAGCUCCCCUUCUGAAGAAGGGGAGAAGCUGCCCCAGGGUUGCUUGGCAACAGACAGCAUCCACAGCUCUGCUCAACCUGCCCACAGUGACUCAGGAAUCUUAUCGACAAUCAGUUCUCAGGAUGAGCAGAACCGGUUGGAGGAGUCAGUGGAGGAAGAACGGCUGGAGGGCCACCUGGAGACAGGAGAAGAUGAGGGCUCUUUGGAGUUGUCCGCCGAUGAUGUUAGCAGAGACAGCACGUUCGACUCAGACUCUGAUGCCUUCUCUUCGCCGUUUUGUCUCUCACCCAUAAGUGAAGCACUUGUGGAAAACGUUGGCUCUGUGUUCCUGGUGAAUGAAAACAGAGAUCCAUGCGAAAGCUACAUGACUCGCUCAACCAGCUCCAGUUCAAGCCUUGAUCCCAACUCCCAGUUCCAGGAGAAUAACGGGCAGGUGCAGCCCUCCAGGUGGGAUGAGCAGCAGAAGGUGUUUGCCUUGGAACAGAUCUGUGGGGUCUUCAGAGUUGACCUGGGACAGAUGAGGUCUCUUCGCCUUUUUUUCAGUGAUGAGGCAUGUACCAGUGGGCAGCUGGUUGUUGCUAGCAGGGAGAGUCAAUAUAAGAUUUUCCACUUUCACCAUGGCGGCCUGGAUAAACUUUCUGAAGUGUUUCAGCAAUGGAAAUACUGCACAGAGACCCAUCUCAAAGACCAGCAGCUCACCGAUGUGAAGACCUGCAUGCAGUUCUCCAUCCGCCGGCCCAAGCUGCCCUCCUCGGAGACCCAUCCAGAGGAGAACGCUUACAAGCGCUUAGACGUCUCCGCGUGGCUCCAUCACCUGAAUGAGGCUGGACAGGUGGAAGAGGAAUACAAGCUGAGGAAGGCUAUUUUCUUUGGUGGGAUCGAUGUCUCCAUCCGUGGCGAGGUCUGGCCUUUCCUGCUGCGCUACUAUAGCUAUGAGUCUACUUCUGAGGAGAGGGAGGCACUCCGGGUGCAGAAGAGAGAGGAAUACUUUGAGAUCCAGCAGAAGAGACUCUCCCUGACGCCGGAGGAGCAGAAGGCAUUCUGGCGGAAUGUGCAGUUCACCGUCGACAAAGAUGUGGUGAGGACCGACCGCAGUAACCAAUUCUUCCGAGGAGAGAACAACCCCAAUGUGGAAACCAUGAGGCGAAUCUUGCUGAACUACGCGGUGUACAACCCUGCCAUCGGCUACUCCCAGGGGAUGUCUGACCUCGUUGCCCCUAUCCUUGCUGAGGUCCUGGAUGAAUCUGAUACUUUCUGGUGCUUUGUGGGUUUGAUGCAGAACACCAUCUUUAUCAGCUCCCCUCGUGAUGAGGAUAUGGAGAAACAACUGAUGUACCUGCGGGAACUGCUGCGGCUGAUGCAUGUGCGCUUCUACCACCACCUGGCCUCCCUCGGGGAGGAUGGCCUUCAGAUGCUCUUCUGCCACCGCUGGAUCCUCCUCUGCUUUAAGCGGGAGUUUCCAGAUGCGGAGGCGCUGCGUAUUUGGGAAGCCUGCUGGGCUCACUACCAGACUGACUAUUUCCAUCUCUUCAUCUGCGUGGCUCUUGUGGUGAUCUAUGGAGAUGACGUCAUCGAACAGCAACUGGCUACUGACCAGAUGCUGCUGCACUUUGGGAAUCUAGCUAUGCACAUGAAUGGGGAGCUCAUACUCAGGAAGGCUAGAAGUUUGCUCUAUCAGUUCCGCCUGCUGCCCCGGAUCCCCUGCAGUCUGCAUGAUCUCUGUAAAUUGUGUGGAACGGGCAUGUGGGACAGUGGCUACAUCCCUGCUGUGGAGUGUACUGGAAACCACCCUGACUCCGAUAGCUGCCCUUAUGGGGGCACGGUGGAUGAACCUUCUCUCAAGCCAGGGAACGAAGGCAGGAGGGGACUGAAACCACAAGAGGUCUUUGCUUUCCGGAAAUGACCAGGCUGGCUUAUGGGUGUGCGAGGGCUGCAAAAGGAAUGGGCACGAAGAAUGUGGCACAAUUGGGUCUUCGGAAGAAGAGAGGACCAGGAUGUUUCUAAGUACGCUCCAAAAGAGUUGGAGAAAUGGGAGGAGAACAUAGGUGAUGCCUAAUAGAAGAGUCUCCUUCGUGGUCAAAGCUGGAUCUCGACUUAAUAUGUGUCAUACCAGGAACAGUGUUGAUCUGACUGUCAUGACUAAGUUGUUGCUUUACAGUUCAGUACAUUUGAAGGGAGUGCACAAGGCGGCGCUGACAAGGCGGAGUCACAAAUGCCGAAAGAUUCCCCACCCCCAGCCAUAGGGGAACGUAGUAAGAAGAUGAAUCCACAACCAGCAACAUUGAUGGUGGGUGAAAGGGGCUGGAUUAGCCUGGCCCCUUCAUCCCAAUCACACCCAUGCCCCUGCACACACCCAUGUUGCUUCAACCAAAACACACAGCUCACUGGCUUCUGUAUAAAGCCGUGAUGAUCACUUGGAAUAUAAUCUGCCAAUAAUAAUAAUAAUAAUAAUAAUAAUAAUAAUAAUAAUAAUAAUAAUAAUAAUAAUAAUAAAUGCAAACUUUUUGGGUUCCCAAGGGGAAUAUUUCAUUGUGUGUUUCUGUGUCCACAGCUUGAUCACUCUUAUUUUAAAAGCCCUUCUUUCUGUUCUUUUCAUAUACACAAAAACCUUGUUAAAAAUCAAACUUUCAUAAAAGUCAAAAUCUACAAAUUCACUGUGAGUAUAAUAAAUUAUGCAAAAUUAC